AUGGCUCAUCACGCACCGCACGCACCGAUUCUCUUUUCGUUUCGCAAUGUAGAUGGCAUUGUCGGAGGCCUUGCCUCCUUUAUCACCAAGGCACAGAAAGAAUCCUUAGACAAGAAGGGCAGGUUCACCAUUGCGCUUUCUGGUGGCUCCCUGCCGAAGAUGCUCAGCGGCCUUAUUGGUAACCCUGCUGUGAAAUGGGAUAAAUGGCACGUAUAUUAUGCGGACGAAAGGGUUGUCCCCCUCGAUCACCCGGAUUCGAACCACCUUGCCUGCACAAACGAACUCUUCUCCAAAGUCCCCAUCCCAGUUUCGCAGAUACACACAAUCGACACAGAUUUGUUGAACGACAUCGAGGAGCUAUGUGAUGCCUACGAGAAGGAGCUCAUCCGUGAGUUCGCACAGAAAGACGCCGCUCGAUUCCCCGUAUUCGACCUCAUCCUCCUCGGCAUGGGGCCAGACGGGCACACCGUGUCGCUGUUCCCCGGCCACGAGCUCCUCGCAGAGGACGACCGAUGGGUUGCGUACAUCGAAGACUCGCCCAAACCCCCUGCUAAACGAAUAACCUUUACCUUUCCCGUGAUCAACCACGCUGCCCGAGUUGCUUUCGUAGCCCACGGAGAGGAGAAGCAGGAUGUCUUGAGCGAGGUCUUGGAUGAUCCAGAGACAGGGCUACCAGCUGCUAGGGUCCGCCCAGCCCACCCGGGGCAGCUGUAUUGGUUCGUCGACGAUGCUGCCGCCGCCAAAGUCAAAUACCCUCGCACCCCAACCAAAGUGUAA